AUGAGCAUCACAUUGCAGCAGUGUUCCAAAGAGGAAGACUAUGAUCUUGGACGCUUCGACCUUGAGCUGUCACCUCCGAGCGAGAUCGAGGCUCACCGGGACGACAAGCCUCACGAUGACAUCGUCAUGCAUGAGCUGGCUGGUGAGGGCAGAAGGCGAUCCUACUCAGCAAUGACCCUUUCCUUGGAUCCUGAGAUGCUUCGCGCCAUCUACCUGAGAUCUUCGCUUCGAGGCCAUGGUGUAUUAUGGCGCUGCUCUCCAAUCGAUAUGCCUCAGGAGCAGCGAGUCCGCUUGUGGGACAAUUCCCAGCCGAUGGAGGAAAUCGAUUUAUUUUUUUCGCACACCUGGCAGACAGCUGGCAGAUGGAAAUAUUUGGUCCUAUUGCUGGAAACCGGGAACCACUGCUUCCUGAUGGCCUGGGUCAUGGCUGGUCUACUGAUGCUGGUCCUCUGCCUGAUGGGAACCAUCCCAUUGCCAUUUGAAGCCACUACUCGUGUGCUGGACUUCGAGGGUGUGACACCGAUGGGUCCCUGGAUCAUGGUCUCUGGCAUGCUGGCUUCAGUGCUCGGCUUGAUUGCUUCUCCUUAUGCGCCAAACAUUUUUCGAAGAGACAAGUCCUGCUUCCUGGACGCCGUGUGCAUUCAUCAGGAGGACCCUGAAAUGAUGCAUCGUGGCGUAUACGGGCUCGGAGUGUUCUUGCGUGUCUCCAAAGAGCUGCGUGUGCUGUGGAGCGUGCCGUACUUCAGCAGGCUUUGGUGCGUAUUUGAGAUAGCAGCCUACAGGGCACUCAACCCAUCCGGAAGGAUCACUCUGCUACCUGUAUUUACCGGCUGGAUGAUGGUUUUGCUGCUGCUUUGCUCUUACUUCCUUUCUGGAUCACUCUGGCUCUUCACAAUCACGGACAGCGUCAGCAUCCUGGCAUACCUGCUUGCAGUUUCGCCGCUCGCUCUGGCAAUGCAUGCCUUGCGCACGAGUUUUCGGCUGAGGCAAACCUUGGUGUCAGAUUUGGAAAACUUCGAUUUGGAUUCUUGUAGCUGCCGUGUGGCAGAGGACAAAGAUUUUGUGCACGAAGCGAUCGUGGAGUGGUACAACAGUACAGGAGCCUUCACAGAGUAUGUCCGUGGCGACUUGAGGCGCGAGCUUCUCCAAAGCACAGCUCGGAGCAACGUCCCAAGAGCUUACAUUGCACUACUUGCCACUGCUCCUCUUGGUGCAAGCCUGGACAUGUUUGUUGGUCUGUAUCGUGGGGGUGCUCCCUGGAGAUCCCUCCUGUCACAUUUUGUUGGCCAUACACUGGGUAUUCAUCUGCUGUGGUGGUUUCUGAGUAUGAGAUUUCUCGUGUACCUUUGCAAUUUACCGCUUACACACGCAAGCCGCAUCAUUAACUUUCUCCAGACGCUGCUGCUCUUCUUGGCCUUCAAUGUUUUCUACUUCUUUGGGGGGAUGGUUGGCUUCCUGAGCUACUCCACCAACCUUGGCGCGGCCACGGCUUUUUCCAGUGUUGCUUUGUUCCUCAACUUGACCCCGGGGCCGAGCAUUGCAGGUUGGAUGAGCAAAUUGCGCCCAAGCGGUGAGUCGACUGGUUCCCAGCCUCCCUCACCAAGAAACAAGGGGAGUAUGGAGUCAUGA